AUGAGCGCUGACAACCAAGCAAGGGUAGAGGUCGAUGAGCCUGCUCGCACACCAGAAGGCCACGAGAUAUUUAUGUUUAGGACCGUUGAUCCUGUCGUGCAAGAGCGUACCGAGGCUGGUUUACCUACGAAGGAAGAGCGGAAGGAAAAUCUGGACAAUAUGUUCGUGACGUGCUCAAACGAGCAGUGCGCUAAGGCUGUCAAACGCGUCGAGAUCAAGGCGAAAAACUUACAGAGUUGCCUCUUUUUGAAGGCCCGUUAUUGUUCGCCUGCGUGUCAGAAGGUCGACUGGAAGGCAAACCAUAAAGAGGAAUGCGGCAAGGGUCCCAGGAAGGAGCUCAGCCUCAAACUCGCCGAACGCUCUCUUGCCGUGCCCGACGUCCAACACUUCCUCGCUCAUACCGGCAUUCUUCUCCUUGAGCUCGUCGAAAAACCCAACAACUGGAAGACCAACGUCGUUAAAGUCGUCUGCACUACACAGGUGGCGGAUAUGCAGGAACACUUCCGACGAAUGAUAGCGGGGGAAGGAGACGAGGACGCUCAAGUCUGCUUGGCGUAUUCCACUAUCGAGAAGGUCGCACUCAACGACGCACCCGAGUUGACCAAGCUCACGGCGAAGAGGAAGGAGGAGACUUUCAAGAAGGACAGAAAGGAUAUGGACGAGAAUUUAUCUCGAGAGAAUAAUCCCAUCAUCACUUAUUAUGUGACAAACGAGAAAGGUGACGGGGAUGAUGGAGUUGUCUCCUUGUCACUCGUGAUUCCGAUGUACGAGAUGAUGCGGAUGGCCACAAAGCCAAAGCUGCAUUAUAGGUCGGCGAUGCGGGGAGAGUAUGAGGUUGACAUGACCCCGAAUUCUCUGACAGAAGGUGUGAAUAACUUCAUUCGCAUGGACAAGCAGAACAAGUUACGUCUUAGAGGGUACCGUAAUGGCUCUAAGGCAACCUCAUCCGAGUCAAAAUAAGAGCAUGUCGAUGUUAUAUAUAAAGCUCCGCUACUAUCUUUGUGUAUCCUCCACUGUGCUUCGCCUUCAAUAGUGCCGGCUGUAUUUUCCACUAUAUUUUUUAGCUAUCUAU